CUUAGGUACCACGCACGCCAACAGACAGGCACAUACACAUGCAGGCAGACAGACAGACACGCAAUAUGCAUAGAUAGCCAUGCAGACAGACACCAGAAAAUGGAAUGCCUCCGCCGCGGCGAUGUGAUCUGUGCGGGCGUCUUGAGUGAGUGAGUUGGCCGUCAGCAGCACCGACCGGCAGCAUCAUGUUCAUCCCAGAGUGGUGUUGCCGCCGCUGAUGUUGAUGCAGACGGUCUUGAUCUCGCUGUAGAAGUCCAGCGAGUGGAAAGUGCCGCUCUUGCCUGAACCAACAAACACACACACACACACACGCGAAGAUAAAGCCCUACAUCCACCACGCGUCUCCGCCUGUGUGUGUCAGUGUGUCGACUCACCGAGCCCGUGGAUGCCAACCCCGCCAAAGGGCAUGCGCAAGUCGCGGAUGAGCCACGAGUUGACCCAGACGUAUCCGGUGCGGAGCUCGCCGGCCACCCGAUGUGCGCGCGAGAGGUCCUUGGUCCAGACGGAGGCCGACAGGCCGCUGCCGUUGUUGGCGGCCUCGAUGACCUCACUCUCGCUGGUGAAGGUGACGAUGCGCACGAUGGGCCCCUGGAUCUCGCCGGGGGAGGCCGUCUUGAACGAACGCUCCUUGUUGACCUUGCUAGUCGCGGACAGACCACCCUGAUCAGACACAGACAGAAAGAGAUAUAUAUAUAUAUAUAUAUGUAUAUGUGUGAAUCGGGUCUGGUGGCUGCGUGUCUUGUCUGGGUGUGUCUGACCAGGACGGUAGGGGUGAACCAGUAUCCGCCGGCGAGGUUGCCGGUCAUCUGUGGCUGCUGGCCCCCACACAGCACGACGGCGCCCUCCUCCUGCGCCACCUUGAGCGAGUUGAUCAUGAUGUCCAGCUGCUGCUUCGACACUAUCGGGCCGAUCUCGGCAUCGCUCUCAGCGGGAUCGCCCAACUGAGAACACACACAACAGAGGCCGCGUGACAGGGGAGGUGGAUCUGUGUCCGUGUCUGCGUGAGAGCGUGUGUGGGGUGAGGUGAGUUGACCCACCUUGAGCUUCUUGGUGGCCUCGACGAACUUGUCGGUGAACUCUUUGGCGAUGGAUUGGUGGACGAAGAUGCGGUUGGGGCAGUGGGCGCGCUGGCCGUUGUCGUAAAGGAAGGCCGCACGGACGGCCUCCGGCACCAACUUGGUCAGGUCGGCGUCCUCGAACACACACAUGGCGUGGCUGUUGCCCAAAUCAAACGCUGCACACACACAGACGUGCAGACGUGCAGACAGAAAGUGGAUCAUUUAUGUGUGUGGGUCAGCGUGUUGGGUGUGUCAGAUGUGUUCCCCCCACACCACUCACCCAUUUUCUUGAUGCCUGAUGCGGCGGCCUUGAUGAUCUCUGCAGCAGCGUUGUCGCCGCCCACCAUGCCGAUGGCGUUGACACCAGAGUGACCUGCCAGCGCGUGACCGACCUCCUCACCAGCACUGACACACACAGACGACGACCCAAAAGGAGAGUUGUCUCGCUCUCUGCUUCAAUCAUGUGUUGUGCUGUGCUGCUAACCCGUAGACGACGUUGAAGACGCCCGGCGGCAGCACCCCCGACUGAGCGAGGAUCUGGGUGAAGAGGAAGGUGGUGCACGGCGUGGGGCGGGGAGGCUUGGCCACCACCGUGUUGCCCAUGGCCAGGGCGGGCACCAGGCGCCAGAGGAUCUGGUGCAGGGGGCGGGACCACGAGCCGAUGAUGGCCACCACGCCGACGGGGAACCGCUGAGUGUAGUUGAGGGUGCCCUCGUAGUCGGUCUUGGUCUCCCUCAGGCUGUAGAGGUUGUGCGCGAACUCGCGGAAGUUCCGCAGCUGGCGACGCAUGUCCGCACGAGCUACGGGCAGCGACUGAAACACACACACACACACACACACACACACAGAGAGAGAGAGAGAGAGAGAGAGGCAAAUGAGCACAAGGGUGUGGGUGUGAUGGUGGGUGUGGUGUGAGCAAGGCAAUCAGAUCUGACCUUGCCCAUGUUGACGGCUUCGAGUUUGGCGAGCUCCUCCAUGUUGGCCUCGAUGAGCUGCGCGAUAGUCAUGAGGAUGUCGAUGCGCUGCUCGCGAGUGGUCUUGGACCACUGCGGGAAGGCCGACUGGGCCGCCUUGACUGCCGCAUCCACAUCAGCAUUGCCGGACAGGGGCACCGUGGCGAGGGCCUUGCCCGUCGCUGGGUUGAAGGCCUGGGCCGUCUUGCCCUCCUGCGUCUCGACGAACUGGUUGUUGACGUAGUUCUUGAUCACCUGCACACACACAUACCACAUGCACACCUGGCGAAACAUGAAACGCUCACAUGCCGGCAGGACAGCUGUUCGGCUGCAUCUGCCCUGCUCUUUCGUCCACUCUCCGUCGGGCAUCUACUCUUUUCUCUCUCUCUCCAUCCCCCCACCCCAGCGCACCCACCUGCGUCAUCUUGCUGGCUGCGAGAUGGGCUUGAAGAUCAAUCGAAUUCGGCAGAUGCAGCAGUGCGGAGGGUGCAGCACACAGACAGAAAGACAGUGGUAGCCACGCGGGACGGCACAACGUCGUCA